CCCGAUGUUAGUGUUGGCUAUUUAUCUGCUAGAUGCUAGCAGAAAAUGUGAAGCACUCAAAUGCAAACAAAAACAACAGCAAAUUGGCAUGAUUUUCUAAAUCAAAUUUUUGCAUCAGAAUUCAAUGUUCAUUGAUUUUUACAUCAAAAUAUUCUUCUAUGACUCUUCAUUAUUUGGUCAAACUGUGCAAUGGAUAGGCGCACUCACAAUUUGGUGUCUGUAGUUCACUGGAAUCCAGACACAAGUCUUAAACAUGUUUCAAAAGCUGUCUCCCUCUCAAAAAGAAAGACCCAAAAUCAUACAAGACGAUAAUCAGGGGGGAGUUGACUAUUCCAAAUUCAGUCACGAUUACACCUCUACUUGGUUCCAACUUCCGGGCCAAGGUGACAAGACUGCUGAAGUAUGCUUGCUUUACAGUAACUAUUUCUGCCUCAUGAGUUGGUUUACGAGAGCAAAACGAGAAAGAAAAGCUAUAGAUUCGGAUGCUGGAAACUUCUUCUCUAUGGUCGUAUACAAGUUCCACCGUCUCAAUUUCUUCUCAUUAGCCGCCAUUGAACACGAGCGAUGCUGCAAAUUUCAAGUGUGGGUAUAUCGUGAGAAAGGACAAAAGUAUGGAUACGGACCCCUAGAAUACCUGAAAUCAUUGAGCAAUUUCUCCAGUUUCGGUAAACGUCUCAACUACAUUUCGGCCAAGUUCAACGAUACCUUUUGUCUCAACAUCAUCUACAGAGUGGGCUUUGGAACGGGUGAACUUGUAAUGAAAGGCGUCAGCAGAAACACAGAUUCGCUCAUUUUCCCGCCAAAUUUUGCCCCCGAAGUCUUCUUGUUUCACAUAAGCACAAUUCAGCAGGAGUUGAGCUUCGAAUGGUUCAAGCAGAAGAUUGUCUGUAAAGAUCAGCCGUGGAUCUGUCAGCUGCGGGCAUCGAAACAAGACUUGGCAACUCUGCAUGAAUCAGAUGAAAGCCUGUGAAAUAAAUGCCACUUCAAAUUUGGAUCGGUGUAGCGCCCUAAACUGUUUCAGUGUAUUAAAGGGCAUGAUGUUAUUAUUUCCAAUAACGAGAAGGAGCUAGCUUCAAUCAGGAAUUACAUAAUUACAAAAUGAGUUAAAAAGACAAAUGAUCCAAUUGACAGUUUGAACAGCAACAAUCGUUCCGGCCGUCUGGCUAAAAAAUCUCGGCCGUUCAAAUUAUUGUUUGAUUGCACUAUGCUUAAUCGUUUUUGCUUUGUACAUAUUUCCAGCACCUGAAGCAAAUCUUAU